AUGGAUGAAAAAGAUAAGUACGCAAACCAUAUAAGGAGGAAAAUCAUAAAAUUUUUUAACCUGAAAAAUGAAGAACUCGAUCCCAGUUACAUUAAAUCUAUCCUCAACUGUAAGUCGUAUGACUUGUAUGGAUCCAUCUACCUCCUCAAUGAAUCGUUUUACGAAAAUGGAAGAAAUGAAAAGUGCACCCUCAGCACGGUGAAAAAGUUUACCCAAGAUUUGGUAGACGAUAGGAAGAAGUUUAUAUCCUCUAAUGAGAGCGACUCCAUUGGUAGGCAAACACCGGAGGGGGUCUCAUAUGGGAAAAUUACGAACCAUGGCGCUAUCGCAGGUGAUGGGCUAACAGGCAAUAUUGUGGAAGGGAAAACCAUCAACAGCUACUUCGAGGAGGUUUUUAAAAGGGAAGACGUACAAACUAGUAGGAAAGAAAGAAGCAAGGUGAUUCCGAAGGAAGAUAAACAUGGAAAGGUCUUCCUUAAUAGGGAUCGCGUUGGGAAGGUAAAAAAGGUCGGACAAAUGGAAGAAGACCAAAAGAAGGAUCAGCCAAAGGGAGGCACGAACGAUGCUAUCUCCCAUGGUGGAGAGCACCCCCUCGAUGAGGCAGUAAGGCUCGAAAAGGUGACAAAACAAAAAAAAACACCAACAAAAGGGACCAAGGAGAAAAACAACGAACGGGAGGAUCACAUCCCGAAUGGUAAUAAGUCUAAUGGGGUAUUCUCCCAAAAGGGAAAAGAAAAAGAAACACAGGGGAAAGAACCCCAAAGGAAAGGUGCAACAAAAUUGGAGGUGGUGGAGCAUAAGCAUAAAGAAGUGCGUCCCACGCAAUUGGAGGACGAACAAGCAGAGUCCAAAAUGAACUCGAAGGAGAAAGCAGAAUGUGACUACUUCGAAUUCUUCAACAUGAAGAAAAACUCCUACUCAUUAAAGACGGUUAUAAAUUUUAUCGAAAAUGAACAAGCCAAAGGUGAUGAACAGGAUGAGUACGAAAAGGAAGAACAGAAAAAAGAAAAAAAGAAAAAAAAAAACACUCAUAUUUGUACAUGUAAUGGAAGGAACCAUCAGGUAUAUGCCAACUGCUUAAUAUGUGGGAAGAUUUACUGCACGAAAAUAAAAUAUAGACAGUGCCUUUUUUGUGGUAACAUCUUGUACGAUACUUCUUUGAUUAACAAGCUGUUUACCCCAACAGAGGAUGGGGACAAUGCCAACAAGAAAAUCCUUACAACGAUGAAAGACUCUAACCCCUUUCUCUACAAAAACUACUUUGAUCCUAGUAAUGCUUUUCUCAAGAAAGCUUUCAACCUGAGGGACAAAAUGCUGAAAAAUUCAGUCAACGAGGAACACACGAAAAUAAUAGACGACAGUAUAGACUGGUUCGAGGAUGACAUCAAAAAGGAGUUUGAUAACCCCGACGUACAUUUUUCCAAUUAUGAUGAUGAAGUGAAAAAUGAAAUAAUAGAUAAGUACUACGAAAUUUUCGGAAAGAAAUAUGGUGAUAUAAAUAUUGACAUCGAUCUGGUUAACAUGAAAAUAACGGAGAACAAAGACCACGGGAAGAUUAAAGAGUUCAAUGAUUACCUGAACGAACGCGAAAAUGAAUACCGGAAUGAGAUAGCACUGAAGAAGGCCAAUGGCAUUAACCCCAGUAACGUGCACAGUUACUUGGCCAAUAAGGAGAGAAAAAAUUUGAAUUACAUAAAAGAUUUGCGCAAGUUAUUUUUUCGGGACACUUCUCAGAAGGGAGGUGUUCCAGGGAGCAACACAUCUACCGAUGCCAUUGCCGCGGGUAGUAUAGUUCCACCUACAGAACAGCAGGAAAAUACAAAUUUACAAAUGAGGAAGGCAAGUAAAAAAUACAAAUGCCAUGUUCUCGGCGAAAGCGACGAGGAGUACGAACAGGUAACGUGA